ACACGGAAAUCUAGGGACCUCGUGACGCUGUUGGUUUCCAUAAAAACCCAAGCGCGGCCGGGGGUUCAGCUAGUUUUGGGGGAGAAUACGCAAAGUGAGCACCGGUUGAGAUUGUCUUCCUGCACUGAACAAUAAUUAAGAGGCCCGUCUUGCAUUAUUCAAACACGCACACCAUAGCGUCUUGUUGAUAUUUACCUGUGGCCCAAGUAUUUUUGUCUCGAGACAACUGCUUCAUCAUGCGACACGUACGAGCAGUGCUGAUGGGGAUUGCGACGCUCUUGACGGUCGUUUCUGCGAUCGAUGUCCCGGUGGCAACCAGGUACUUGACGACUGAGGUCACCACGCUUGCGCAGGGCGAGGCAGUGACGUUAGUUGGUUACCUGUGCGGUCAAGCUAAGGGAGACAACAUAAACGUGACAGUGGUGCUGAACAAUAACCCCACGUGGUUUGUCGACAUCGGCGUGGUCUAUUAUUAUGUCGUUGACUCGGCAAACAAGACCGAGAAGGACGCCCUCUGUACCAACAUGUACCAAGGGAAGCCAGGGCCGCUUUGUGUGGUCAAUUCCUGGCCGUCUGCGGGCGAUCUGUACAUCAAAGGCAAAGCCAAUCUGGUUGAGGCAGUCAGCUUAACAGUGGACGCUGAGAGAACCCGUAAAGUAGGCAAACGCAACCCCACAGUGAAGCAGUCGGCUGUCGAGCCUCUUCCCCGUGGACUCCCCGGACAGAAGCCCAUGGGUGCCACCGAUCAGACGAUCUACCUGACUGAGUUUAUCACACUGACGGCCUUUCACACCUUACCGAGGCUACAGGAGGCUCAUCUCAGCUUCAACUUCUGCCCGACCCCGGCCAUCGGUUCGCAGUACACUAUCACCGGCACCGCGUCUGGCAGGGAAGGCGAAAGCACCUGGGCUCAGUAUCUCUGCGACCAAUUACCGUGUGAUCUAAGUCAUCCUCUUAACAUUGUUGCUGCUGACGGGAAGCAACUGCCAAGCAACACGGUGGUGACUCACAGUAGCCGUUGGACGCAGAUGUACGCCCUCAUCGUCUGCUGGGGUGGACCUUACGAUCCCAAGACCAAAGCAUACGUUGGUGAGUUUCAGUUUAGCGCGUACGCAACCAAGGUCUAAAUUCUCGACAACCGCUCCCCAAAGGUAAUCUUAGUUCAAGACAAUGGUCCGAUCCAGUAAGCCCCUCCCACUGCGCACGUGUGCAAAUUAACACGCGCUCCUCUCCAAUGCCACACUGCAUUUUUCUGCCGCACGCAUCAUACGCGCGUGCAAGCAUGUCGGACUUUUGUGCACGCAUUUCGGACAUCAAUCACGGCUGUGAUUGGUCAGAAUACCAUGGGGCGGUGCUUACUGGAUCGGUCCAUUGUGAUCAAAAGAGGAUAUUCUCGCGCUUGGCACAUUUCAAAACAGAAUGGUCAACAUCAGCUAAAGGGGGCGCACUAUAAAAUCUGUCCUGCAGUGGCUGUCCAUGUUAAGGUUGCAGACCAGUAAAUUGCUAUAGACCCCACUUCAAAAAAUCAGGAAAACUACUCACGACUCUCCAAUAUGGUUUUAGAUACACAUUAAAUGUAAGCUUAUUUCAUCAUCUUGUAUUUACUGUUCAUUUUUUUCUUCUGGUAAUUCUAUCACAUUUGGGAGAAAUUACCACCCAAUGACGAUCAACUCUAAAAGUAGUCCUGUAAGUCAUCGCCAUUUUGAAAAAAGAACGCCUUCGUUCCAUUGCAACAUAGAGCAAGUUUAGGGCAAAAUGGUAUCCCCAUUUUAGAGAAAUAAAGCUUGUAGUCCUGUUCACGGCUUCCACCCCUCGUGAAACCCUCAAGUUCACGGCUCACAACAUUUGAGGGUAUGCAAUUCACGAUUCGGCCAGCGUAGGCAAUCAUUGGCCUAUUUACUGACCUGCAACUAUCAAUCUUAAACGUCUCUGUACUGCUUUAGCGUAAAGUUAAGACUUUUUAAAACUGGCUUUUAAUUCUAUUGCUCAUAUAUCAGUUAAUUUUGUAUUUUUAUUGCCUUGAUAGACAUUACUUAGAUGUAGGCCUACUUACUUAAUUUGUAACCCCCUUUUCUAACAUUGGAUUAUUUUUUUUUUAAUUCAUGUUAUUUUACUGUCAAUUUCUGGGGUACAUUAUGUAAUUUGCGAUUGAUCAUAGUCCGCGCAAUGCGAUUUGAAUUUAUUAUUAUUAUAAUUAUUAUUAUAACAAAAAAAUGGAAGUUUUUUUAACGCUUGGCGACGACAAACAUGCAAACUGAAGCAUGGGUACCCAUCUGUUAACCGAAUGCUUUAAAAAUGUCAUAAACAAAAAUGAACAACCUGUUCUUCAAAAUAACUUUGAUAAUAUUUCAGAUUGGUGUAGACUAAAUGAUGUCCCUCCAAAACCUGUUAAGUGCAGUGUUACUACUAUUUCCCUUUUGAGACUAUUAUGAAUAUUAUUAGGCAUCCCCCCCCGAAAAAAAGUGGUUUUAAAAAUGUAGUCUCACAUUUAAGACUUCUAGGCAUUAUAAUUCAAAAGGUCUUAAGUAGAAUUGGGAUAUCUCUGACAUCGUUGUUAACCGCAUCCUUUCAAAAUGUCAUGAACAAAAAUGAACAACCUGACAUCGUUUCCAACGCUUCUCGAAGCUUGUGCACUUAACGCAUUUUGAAUAGGAAUCCAGUGUUCCCAUCGAGGAUAUUGUAACCGUUUACAAAUCUUACAUACGGCCCAUAUUAUUAGAAUAUGCCUCACCAGCUGGCAUAGAGCCACUACUCAAUCCAAGUCUAAGAAAAUAGAAUUUGUAAAAAAUUAUACGUGGAAAGAAAAACAAUUGCAAUGAAGCUUUUGCUCUGAUCAAUCUACCAUCUUUGGUUGAACGAAGGAAUAAUUUUCUUGUCAAUUUGAGAACUAAAUUUUAAAACCAAACCGUCACAGAAAGCUGCUACUUGCAUCUUCCAAAUCUGAUUCCAAUUCUUUUACAUGUCAUGUUUCACCACGAUUAAAUGUUCUACAGAUAGAUACAAAAUGUCGAUUUCCCCACAACUAGUAACCUAAUCUAAAAAAUAAUUAAAGUGUCUCCCUUUCCCUAGACCUUUAUUCUAGUCCAGAAUGUGGUGUAAUUAUGUAGUUUUAAUUAUUUUGUUUUUCAAUUCUGAGAUCACUGUCAUAAUUAUCUUUGUUUAUUUCAUCCAGCAAGUUUUGCACAUUUCAGUUAAUGCACUUGUUUUUAAUUAUUAACUUUUUUCACAUGAUUUAUAGAUUUUGAUGUUAUUGUAUUUUGAUCAUUGUCGAGUGACCUUUUCAGCUACAGCUUUUUGUCAUUUUGAUUGCGGUAUAGCAAUAAAUACAAUACAUUUCAAAAAAUGUUGCAGAUUUGAACUUUA